GGUGGCGGGCGGAGCGCGGCGGGACCCGGCGGAGCGCGGCAGCGCGCGCGGCUGCCAGGACCUGACCAGGCGUUGUUGCGCAUGCGCGGCCCGUGCUCCCGAUCCUUUUCCGCCGCAUCUUUCUCCUCAUCCCUUUCCUGAUCUUUUUCCUUCUUUUCCUCUUUUCCCCAUCCCUGCACCUCUGCCGCUGCGGCCAUGGGGAAGCUGAACGUAGUAAUGCUGCGGUACCUGUCCCGGGAGCACUUCAGGGUGCUGACCGCGGUGGAAAUGGGCAUGAAGAACCAUGAAAUAGUUCCUGCUAGCUUAAUUGCUUCCAUUGCCAGCCUUAAACACGGUGGCUGUAAUAAAAUUUUGAGAGAGCUGGCGAAGCACAAACUUCUGGCUUACGAACGAACUAAAACUGUCCAGGGUUAUCGGUUAACUAAUGCAGGAUAUGAUUACCUGGCUCUGAAAACUCUCUCUUCCCGACAAGUCAUCAGUUCUGUGGGGAACCAGAUGGGUGUUGGCAAAGAAUCAGAUAUUUAUAUUGUUGCCAAUGAAGAGGAGCAACAGUUUGCACUGAAAUUGCACCGUCUGGGGAGAACCUCCUUUCGCAACCUGAAAAACAAACGUGACUACCACAAGCACAGGCACAAAAUGUCCUGGCUGUACUUGUCCCGGAUAGCAGCAAUGAAGGAGUUUGCCUACAUGAAGGCUUUGCACGACAGAGAAUUUCCUGUUCCAAAGCCCAUAGACUACAACAGGCAUGCAGUUGUUAUGGAACUUGUUGAUGGAUAUCCUUUGUGCCAGGUGCGCCAAAUUGAAGAUCCAGCUGCCGUCUACAGUGAAUUAAUGGACCUGAUUGUAAAACUUGCCAAUCAUGGUCUGAUCCAUGGGGAUUUCAAUGAGUUUAAUCUCAUCUUGGAUAAUAACGAUCAUGCCACUUUGAUUGAUUUCCCUCAGAUGAUGUCAACAUCACAUGCAAAUGCUGAAUGGUAUUUUAACAGAGAUGUUAACUGUAUUAAGGAGUUCUUCAAGAAACGCUUCAACUAUGAGAGUGAGCUCUUCCCAACCUUCAAAGACAUCAGGAGAGAAUGUUCUCUUGAUAAAGAGAUUGCUGCCAGUGGCUAUGCAAAGGAGAUGCAGGAAGAUGGUGAACUGCUUUACCCUACAGGUUCUGAUGAGGAUGACAAUACAGAGGUGUUAGAACUUCCAGAGGAUGCUGAGAAAGAGCUCAACUUCUUCAGCAGAAAUGAACAGAACAGUGAAGACUUCACAUGUGAAGCGGGUGAUUUCUCUGAAAGCAGAGCCUCUGACAGCGCUGCAAGCAGCAGUGAGGAGGAGGCUGAUACAGCUAAAAGCAGGGAAAAUACACAAAGACUAAAUAUGGCAGAGUUGAGUUCAGCCUUGGAAGAAGAUGAAGGACCAGCUGUGCCUUGGAAGUCCAGUGAAGAUGCAGAGAGUUCUGCAGUUACUUCUUUUAAGGGCAAAAGACUAACUGAAAAUGCUGCUGAACUGGAAGAUCAGGCAGGUCAAGGAGGGUGCCGUGAGGCUAAGGAGAAUGAAGAGGAGUGCCCUGAGCUGGUCAAUUCAGCUUUAAAUGAGGAAUUCAGUCAUUACAGUAAUGAAGAGUGUAUUGUUCCCAUUGCUGGGCCCAGGACAAGGACUAAGAGCAUCACAUCAGUCAGAAGUGUUGGGAGCUGUUCAACCAUUCCUCCAGAGCUGGUGAAACAGAAGAUAAAGCGUCAGCUGACCAAGCAGCAGAAAUCUGCUCUGAAGCAACGGCUGCAAAAAGGGGAGGCAAAUAUUUACACCAAGCAACGUCGAGAAAAUAUGCACAACAUUAAGUCAAGCUUGGAUGCAGCCAAUUUCUGGGGAUAAUUCAUUAAAGCUCCUGUGGAACAUGAGGAAUGUAUACAGCUAAAAGGAUCAUGCUAAUUUACCAAUAAUCCUUUUAUGUAAAGGAGCAAUCUCUUCUAUGCAAACUAGAUGUUCUACUGUGAGUUAAUAAAUCUUAUUCUCAUUCCUGUGAA